CGCCCUGAUUUGCGCCUUCAUUUUGACUAUGACUCGGUGACGUACCACCAUUCUUUGUAGCGGGACCAUCACCCCUUCCUUCCAGACAUCCAACUGCCUCGUCCAUAGUGGUUUGGUUCCAAAGGCCGUCGCCUAAACAACACAAACUACCUCUACCGAAUAAAAACAACCCAACAGGAAGAACAAAAGAAAAAAAAGAGAGGGUAUCCUCAAGGGAUAAGGGAAAGCCCCUCCCCCUGUUCAGAUUCAUCUCGCUCAGUUUCGUAAAGAAUCCUAGGAGGUACCACAAGAAGGGAAAAUGGCUGGAGGCUAUUUUGAUCUACCAAUAUCAUCGUCCCGGCGCUCGAGCGUUACUGAUGUAUCCGGGCCUCCUUACAACAGAUCAUCUGUAGGGCCGCGUGUCUCACCCGUGGUUACCCCCAAUGAGAGCAUGCAGGAACGGUCGAUGGACCCUAGUCCAUAUCAGGGCAAGCAGAGGAAUGCAGGCAUUCUCAAAAACGCGAAUCGCGUCAAGUUCAGCGUCAGCGAGGAGGGGCUUUCCGCAUGUCUUUCAGGAUCACCGUCAGAAACCUUGUUCGAUGGAAGGGGUUCAUCGCUGCCACAGAGGCCGUUGCCCACUGCUAGCAUUCCUCCGACUGAGAGAGCUCCCACCGACACCCAAUCGUUGCCCUUGGUCGAUAUUAGCUCUAGCUCACCGGUAGGUGCCACGGGAUUGAAGAUCCACUCACGAGCGAGCUCCCCCGGGCUCGUCGGCGACGAUGAGGUCAGUAAUGAGAAGGGGAGAGCCAUUCACUCGGCUCAAGAGAGAGCCCAGAGACUCGCCUCCCUUCUCGGCCGCUCUUCCAAAUCUCCCAAACCAAGUCCUCGAUCCAGUCUGCCGUCAUCGAUCGCGUCAACCCCCACAGAGGCGGCUCUUCCAUUCGAAGAAGAUGGUGAUGAAAUUCCUAUGAUCAGCCUCCCUGAAAAGCAAUACAACUUCUCCGACGACGAUGAAUACGCCCCACUAGACGGAAGAUCCUCAACACGCACCGCCGAAGCCCAUCAACUCGUGCGACAAAUGACUCGCAAAGACCUCAGCUUUAUCACUCGGAUCCGAGCCCCCUCCCCCGGAUUCCGUUCCGGCCAAGCCACUCCCAUGGAGGAGAGGGACCCUGACGCCUACGUCGAACGGCCGACCCACUACCGAGGAGGCAUUCUCUCGUCUCUUCUGAAACUCUACGACCAACCCGCCAACAACCUCCCCCCGCGAGGUCGCUAUGGCUAUGGCCACUCGCGCCAGAGCAGCUCUGGCGACCUUAGCGGACGAGGCUUGUCCCCGGACCCCAGCCAGAAGCCCCGGAAGUGGUAUGAGAAAUCACCAAACCAGUCCAUGACCUCACUGUCGGGAUCCACAGCGAAGAGCUCCCCUAUCUCGAUGCUUAAGCGCUCGCGUAGCAGCGGAGCCGUGCCGGUGGUCCCGAAAAGGAUGGGUAAACCCCAGCUGGAAGACGAGAUCCGCGUCACCGUCCACAUUGCCGAGCUGCUGUCUCGCCAGCGAUACCUCAUCCGACUGUGCCGAGCCUUGAUGAAGUACGGGGCACCCACCCACCGACUGGAGGAGUAUAUGAAGAUGACCGCUCGUGUCCUGGAGAUUGACGGCCAGUUCCUGUACAUACCUGGCUGUAUGAUCAUUUCCUUCGAUGAUGUGUCCACUCACACCACCGAGGUGAAAGUGGUCCGAUCUCCUCAGGGUAUCGACUUGGGAAAGCUCUCCGACGUGCAUGCCGUGUACAAGGAGGUUAUCCAUGACGUGAUUGGCAUCGAAGAGGCCAUCCAGCGGCUGGACGAGAUCAUGAAGAAGAAGAACAAGUACCCGAUUUGGCUUUUGAUCCUGGUGCAUGGAUGUGCCAGCGCAUCUGUUGGUCCGUUUGCAUUCAACGCGCGUCCCAUCGACAUGCCCAUCGCCUUCCUGCUCGGGUGCCUCCUUGGUACCCUGCAACUUGUCUUGUCGCCUCGGUCGGAUCUGUACUCGAACGUGUUCGAGAUCUCUGCCGCGGUUCUAACUUCCUUCUUGGCCCGGGCCUUCGGUAGCAUUCGAUACAAUGGAGACCGCCUCUUCUGUUUUUCGGCAUUGGCCCAAUCGUCGAUCGCUCUCAUACUGCCCGGAUACAUGGUGCUGUGCGCCAGUCUGGAGCUGCAGUCACGCAGCAUCGUUGCCGGGUCUGUGCGCAUGGUCUACGCUAUUAUCUACUCCUUAUUCCUCGGAUUUGGCAUCACAAUAGGCACUGCAGUUUAUGGCCUGUUAGACGGAGAUGCCUCCGCUGAAUACACCUGCCCGGCCAGCCCGAUCACAAACGAAUACCUUCAGCGCUUCCCUUUCGUCAUCUGCUUUACAUUGUGCCUUGCGCUUGUCAACCAGGCGAAAUGGAAGCAAAUCCCUAUGAUGCUGGUCAUCGCAUUUGCUGGCUACGUGACCAACUACUUUGGCGCGAAGCGAUUCUCCUCUAGUACACAGGUCUCCAACGCGCUUGGUGCCUUUGUCAUCGGGAUCCUGGGCAAUCUAUACAGCCGACUCCGACACGGAUUCGCUGCGGCCGCGAUGCUGCCGGCUAUCUUCGUUCUUGUUCCAUCCGGCCUGGCCGCUAGCGGAUCGUUGAUAUCAGGAAUCGCAUCGGCCGAGCAAAUCACCUCUCAAAACUCGCCCUACGCUGUCGUUUCGAACGGGACGCAGGGCUUCAUGGAUGCCGCCAAGAACAUGACACAGAGUCCUCCUUCGCAGGACCAAUUUCACGGUGUCGUCUUCGACAUUGGAUACGGGAUGGUGCAGGUCGCAAUCGGCUUCACCGUCGGGCUCUUCCUCGCCGCCUUGGUUGUUUAUCCUCUUGGAAAGAAACGAAGCGGGCUCUUCAGUUUCUAAUCCCUACACAAAAGCACACUGCUUAAUUCUCCUUGUCUUGUCAUCACACCGUCAUCCUUUCACUCAUUGAUUAUCUUUCCUUCCAUGUUUAUCUCAAUUUGGACUGUUCUUUUCGUUCUUGCCUGUGCGAGGUCUUGUUAUUUCAGCGUGACCAUCAUUCUCUGUCGAAUAUUUGCAUCAUAUAUAGCCCUGAGCCUGUCUUUCUUUGGUAAAUUUCCUUAACUGUUUUUCUUUGUCUCUGAGGAUCAAUUUGUGCUUUUCUAUGGUUCGAUUUUAUCCGGAUUAGCGAGCGACCUAGGCGAUUUGAAUUUUGAUUGGAUCACAAUGGUUGGACAAUGCUGGUUUUUAUUCUGGAGUUUACUCUGGUGUUGGCUGCUAGUUUAGGCGCUUAUUUGUAUUGGUUUAUAUUUGGGUAUAGCAGACAUAGACAAUCUUAUGAGUGAC